AUGUUCCGUCCUCGUCUUCCACUCACUCCCCAGCGAAUCACCCAACUCCUCACCCACCCCGCCAAAAUGUCCGACUGGAGCGCAACCCAAUACCUCAAAUUCGCCGACGAGCGCGCCAUCCCCACCCAAGAUCUACUAUCACAUAUCCCAUUGCAAUCUCCCUCCCACAUCGUCGAUCUUGGCUGCGGCCCCGGAAAUUCCACCUCCAUGCUUUCCGCCCGCUACCCAUCCUGCCCGAGCAUCGCCGGCAUCGACUCCUCCCCAAACAUGAUCGCUCGCGCCAAGGCGUCGUCUACAUCGACACCAAACACCACCUUCGCCGUCGCCGACGUGGAAUCUUACUCUCCCCCACCAGACCACCCCGUAGAUCUCUUCUUCUCCAAUGCCGUCCUCCACUGGCUUCCCCGCUCUACUCGACUCCCUACUAUCCGCAGACUCCUACUGACCCUUCCCCCGGGCGGCGUCUUCGCCUUCCAGGUCCCGGAUACCUUGAACCUGCCAUCGCAUACUUCCAUGCGGGAGGUCGCGAGGACGGGACCCUGGGCGGACCAUUUACGGAGUACGCUUGUGGAGAGGGAUGGGUUGGAUUCCCCUGAGGAGAUUUAUGAUGCCUUGGUGGAUGUUUGUGAGAACCUGAGGAUCUGGGAGUCGGUGUAUUAUCACUCCCUCGGCGAUUGGGCGGACAUUGUCGAGUGGGUGAAGGGGACGGGGUUGAGGCCGUAUUUAGACGGGUUGAGGGGGGAGGAGGAACGGAGGGAGUUUUUGAGGGUGUAUGAGGGAUUGUUGAGGGAGAGGUAUGAGAAGAGGGCUGAUGGGAGGCUAGUGGGACAGAAUGUAGUAUGCUAUGGUCAUAUUAUACAAGCUUCCUGUGUAUAUGGCUGGCAUGCAUGCUGGUAUAAUUCUGAAGUUUAUACGGAGGAGUUCGCAUGUAGAAUAGAUCGUCAGGUCUAUGUAAGCCGUCAUGCAGAUACAUAG